AUUAAAAAAAAGUUCUAUGUACAUUUAAGUUAAACAAUUAAUUUAAACAAUUUGAAGCGAUUGAACAAAACGAGCUUACAAAAAAUGGCAAUAUUAGGAGCACAAAUGGUUUUGACAUUGAUUAUGGUCAGCGUUAUACAAAAGGUGAAUCCACAUUUUUCAUUUGCCAAAUGGAUUUUGUGCUCAACGGGCCUAUAUCGUUACCUGCAUCCCUCAGAUGAUAUAUUAAGGGCGAAGGCUGGGAUACCAAAAGAAAAAUCAUCAAAAGGGAACCACAAAAAUAAAUAUAAGCAGAAUGGUCAUGUCAGUGCAUCGAACGGUCAAUUUCAUAUACCUCGCAACAUAGACAUACAAUUGGAAACAGUUCCUGUUCUCACACGAGAUGUCGUACAUUUAAGAUAUUUUGCUGAAUAUCAAUGGUUAGUGGAUUUCAGCGUGUAUGCUGCCAUCGUCUAUAUCAUAUCAGAGGCCUAUCACUACUUUUUUCCAUUGAAAAAUGAGUUUAAUUUGAGUAUGGUUUGGUGUUCAUUGGUCAUCUUUUUUGCUCUUAAAUUAUUAUCCGCGUUGACGGUAUUAUAUUUCCAAAGCGAAGAGUCAAUCGGGGAACGUUCUAUGGUUAUUGUGGCCUGCCUUGUUUAUCUCUUAAUCGCUAUGAUUGUGCUCAUCAUUGAUGAGAGUAUUCUGGAAACUGGUUUAGAAGAUGCCUAUGCCAGCUUUAAUAGUAGUGCUGCCAAAUUUUUAAGUCAACAAGGAUUGGAGUCGUCUGGUCCAGCUUCAAAGAUUGUUAUGAAAUUCUUUAUGGCUUUAGGAUGUGGAAUUUUGGGUUCUUUGUUUACAUUUCCAGGUUUACGUAUGGCUAAAAUGCAUUGGGAUUCAUUGAAAUAUUGUCACGACAGCAAACUUAAACAGAUUUUAUUAAAUAUCAGUUUCAUAUUACCAUUCAUUUUGGUUAUUUUAUGGAUACGACCCAUAAGCCGAGAUUAUUUAACCGUGCGUAUUUUUGAAGGGAUGGAGAAGCCAUUAUUAAAACCUCACAUAUUUGAGACUUUGCGUCUUGUUCUUGUAAUAUUGGUGGUAGUAUUACGUUUUGCUUUGAUGCCUAUUUACCUACAAUCAUAUUUGAAUUUAGCAUGCGAUAGAAUCAACGAUUUGCGCAAGGAAGCGGGUCGAAUAACAAAUAUAGACUUUCAAAAGAAGGUUUCUUCAAUUUUUUAUUAUCUCUGUGUGGUGACGCUGCAAUUUGCGGCUCCUCUAAUUCUUUGUUUAUAUUUAACGUUGAUGUACAAAAGUCUGGGAGGAUUUAGCUGGACUGGCCUCCUCUUUAAUGAAUCUGUAGUACAAAACGAUAGCUCUUUUGUUGAAAGUGAAACAAACGUACGUCCAACUAUUGUGAAAAUUUCGGAAGGCGACAGUUUUGAAAUAUUCGAAGAUCAGAACCUUCAAGAUUUUAAUAUUUUGGAAUCGGCACAAAGCUUACAGGCCUCUAUAACGGACUUGAAAAAUGUGUUUACUACCGAAGUGUAUAAAGGAUUUUUGGGAUUUGCAACAUGGUGGAGUUAUUUCACACUCUUUGCCACGUCCUCCUUAGGGAUUCUAUACCAGUCGUAUUUUAGCAAGACGUAAGAUUUCACAAAGCCAGUGAAAACACUUUGCGUAAUUUAUUCUGGUAUAAAUUGCC